ACAACCGGAGGAGCACACAGCAGGUCGGCCUCCACGAAGGACGAAGGACGAGGAAGACGAGGAGGGAAGGCUGGAGAGCAAAGAGCAGCAGCUUCAGAGCUCACUCCUCUGGAGGAGGUUCCUGGUUUCCUGUUCGUUUAACUCCCGGGACGUGAAGAGUCGCAGUAAACCCCAGGCACCAAGCUUGUGGACCGUCUCCGUCUGCAGGGACCCAUGGACGAGCCAAGAAGAGAGUCCCUAGAGGACAGCGCGUCCCGCAGGAUGCGUCUCAACGCCGGAGAGCCCGCCGCUUACGGCAGCAUAGUGGCGGCGGCCGACCCCGAGUCGCCCCCCCGGGGAGACGUGGAGGCGGCCCCGCUGCUGUCCCCGGCGCCCCGCGCGGUGCUGCGGCCUCUGAGCAAGGAGGAGCUGGAGGAGGCGGCCGGGGGCCCGCGGUGGACUAGGAUCCGGUCCCGCCUGGUCCUACUCUUCUGGCUGACGUGGCUCGCCAUGCUCGGAACGGCGAUCUUUAUCGUGGUGAAGAGCCCCCGUCCGGUGGCCCCCCCGCUGCGGUGGUGGCAGAAGUCCCUAUUCUACCGGCUGCAGCCCGCCCUGUUCAUGGACUCUCAGCCCGGGAGUCUCCGAGGCAUCGAGGCGGUGUGCGCCCAGCUGGCCUACAUCAGGUCCCUGGGUGUGGGGGCCGUGGUCCUGGAAGGCCUGUUCCUCACAGGGGCGUCUCCCGACGGCCCGGUCCUCAACGACAGCCUGGUGACCGGGCCUCAGGUGGACCACCUGCUCAAGGAGAGCAGCAAAGCCGGCCUGAGGGUGGUGCUCGAUCUGUGUGAGCUGAACUUCACCGCAUCAACCGAGGUUUCAGAAGUGAACGACACAAGCGUGUCUCCGGAGCGUCUCUCCACCGUCCAGCAUGCGUUGAAGUCCUGGCUGGAGAAGGGCGUGGCCGGGUUUGCGAUCUGCGACACGGAUCCAGCCUAUUCAGAACGGACCCUGACGGAGUGGAGGAGGGUCAUCAGGGGGUUAAACGAGACGUGUGCUGACAGGAUUGUGCUGGUGAGGCAGACCGGAGAGGAGCUCAACUCCACCCGCUCCUUCAACGGGUCGUUGGUGGAGGUGGUGAUGAGGUCCAUACUCCCUCCCACGCAUCACAUCCUGUCUGCACAGGAAGUGGCUGAAAGCAUGGAGGCGUGUCUGCGGGAGGGCGCCGGCGCGGUUUGGCCCAGCUGGACGAUGGGAGGGAGAACGUCCAGCGAGUUCCAGAAGCUUCUGCUGGUGCUGAUGAUGACUCUUCCCGGGAGCCCCGCCCUCCAGCCCGGCGACGAGCUCAGCAGCACUCGGAAUGUGACGUUGCCAGAAGACCAGGACGUCCCGUCUUCAAACACGGACAGGGAGAGGCGCCUGGCUCUUGCUCUCUACACCUCCCUCAGCCUCUCCAAAGCCAGAGAGGAGGCUCUGGUCUCCGGGAGCUUCACCAUGCUGUCCUUCAACUCCUCCUCCUCCACCCUGGCUCCGCCCAUCCUGGGCUUCCUGCGCUCCUGGGGCUGCGUCCAGAUCCUGGUGGUGCUGAACGUGGGACCGGACUCCCAGAGCCUGGACCCCCACUGGGCCGGCGGCCUGCCCAGCGCCGGGGUCUUCAUGGUGGGCACGGGCCUGGACCGCAUGGGGUCAGUGGCUCUGAGCGCGCUGAGCCUCCGGCCCCAGGAGGCCGUGGUCAUCAAACUCAUCGAGGCCAGGAGCUUCUCCGAGUGACGGCCUCCUCUGGGGAACCCGGAGUUGUUGGAAGGGAAAGGUUUCCUGCUGCCAGAGAAAGAUGAUGUUUUUAAAUCAAUCUGGCUGUGAAAUAUUGUGGGAAAAAAAUAAUUAAAGGUGUUAAAACAGUG